AUGUCUGCUGCCGAUCAGUCCUCGUUUCCUGAGCCACUCAAGCAAUCUGGUGCACUUGAGCAGUUCAGCUUUGAAGAAACAACUCCUGUCAUCGGUCGCGAAUUCCUGGAUGUCAACAUCGUUGAUGAUAUUCUGAACGCCUCUAACGCCGAUGAGCUCAUUCGUGACCUCGCCAUUACUAUCUCGGAAAGAGGAGUUGUCUUCUUCCGCAAGCAGGAUAACCUCACGAACACCCUGCAGAAGCAAUUGAAUCACAGGCUUGGCCAACUGACUGGCAAGCCGUCGACAUCGACUCUGCACAUCCAUCCAAUUUUGAACAACACAAGCGAGUUCGGUGUCGACGAUGUCGAGAUCAGUACUAUCAGCUCUUUGCAAAGAAAGGCUAUCUUCAAGAACAACGAUGCACGUGGCAAACGCCGCUACGAUGCCGCUUCAUGGCAUUCAGACAUCCAAUUCGAGCCUGUUCCAGCCGAUUACACCUCGCUACGCCUGACUCAGCUCCCAAAGAGCGGCGGAGAUACCGUGUGGGCAUCCGGUUACGAAAUCUACGACAGAUUCUCGCCAGUCUACCAGAAAUUCUUCGAAGGUCUGACAGCCACGUUUUCCGGCGAAGGUUUCACCAAAGCCGCUGCUGCCAACCCUGACAAGGUCAAGAUUUACGAGAAAGAGCGUGGUAGUCCUUUGAAUGUGGGCACAGAGCUCAAAGCUGUUCACCCUGUUGUCAGAACCAAUCCUGUCACUGGGUGGAAGAGUAUUUUCGCUCUAGGCCCUUUCCCAAAGUUCAUCAACAAAUUGAACACGGAUGAGUCGGAGGAGCUACUCAAGAAGUUCCAUUCGGUCAUUACAGAGAAUCAUGAUCUCCAGGUUCGCUUCAAGUGGAGAAACGAGAACGACAUUGCUAUCUGGGACAACCGCAGUGCUUUCCACAGCGCUACCUUCGACUACGAAGGGCUGGGAGAGCGAUUCGGCAACCGUGCUGUAGGAAUCGGCGAGGUGCCCUACUUGGACCCGAACAGCCAAUCUAGAACCGAAGCUCUGGCGGCCAAGGGUCAGCAAGUCGACACAACACUCGAAGGCAAGACCGAAAGGUCAGAGACUCUGUCCGCUUAA